UUGAAAUACGCGCCUAGCGCAAAACAUGUGCGCGCUAUUGGAAGAUAUGUGCUUUGAAAAAAUAUAUGGAGUAUUGUAGUUUAUCAUAAAUUUUAAUUGUAAUAUUAUGAUCCGAAUACGACUCUGUUGGAUUUUUUUAGAACUGUGAAAAUAAUUUAUUUUGUGUUUUAAACGCCAUAAAUGAAGAUGUAUAAAUGCCAACAAGUUUACGACGCUUACUUCCGGGAGCAUCAAAACAAUAACACGCAUGCGUUGAAAGGAUUAAAGAAAAUGGCGGAUAGGCCGUCAAAAAAUACGGGAUCGGGUGUAAAACCCGUUCCCAUGAAAUUAUUUGCAACCUGGGAGGUGGAAAAAAGCUCCCCAAGCUGCAUCCCCAGGUUGUGCAGUUUAACAUUAAAUCGAUUGGUUGUGAAUAAAUCUUUAGAGAAUGAUCUCACCUCGGUCAUCAUAGCUGUUAAAAUGCAGAAUUCCAAGAGAGUGUUACGAUCGAAUGAAAUAAUCGUACCUCCAGGUGGAUCACUCGAUACAGAAUUAGACUUGUCAUUCUCCUUACAGUAUCCACAUUUUUUCAAGCGAGACGUCAACAAAUUACAGAUUAUGUUACAGCGACGUAAAAAGUAUAAAAACAGAACAAUAUUGGGAUUUAAAACUUUGGCCUUGGGACAGGUGAACAUGUCACAGGUGUUACAAAGAUGUGUUGAUCGAGAACUAAAGUUAUACAGUGAUCAUAAAGAACGAACGAAUGUUGUCGCUCGUAUUUCAGUUUUAAUGUUAACCAGUCAGCCUGUGGAUCACGAUGAAAAUGGACAUAGAAAACAGAACUCAUCAGAUGUCGAUCGUUCACCUGAUGUUGAUAAUGAUACUGAUGAAGAUGAGGUGCAUGAUUUUAACGACCCAGAAUCCUCUUCUAAUGACGAUCUUAGUGAUGGAGAGUUGGAAGAACAUUCUCGGCGUCGACCACGUAAAGUCAGCCGUGGUAAAAUAAGACCAGUCACAUCACGGCAAAGAAAUUUAAAGCAGCGAUUUAUAGCUCUGUGGAAGAGGUUUAAAGUAUCUGAGGAUGCGUUAGAUUCUGAAGCUGAUCACGAUUUAAUAGAUCCUGAUAAUCCUGCUGGUGAUAUCGAUGAUUUGUUAUUCGAUGAACUGGAUGAUCUUAGUGAUAGUGGACCAGAACUUGAUACUAUGAGCGUCAUGUCCACACCGAAACCCCGUCUCAGACCCUUUUUCUCUGGUAGAAGUAGUAGUAGCCAUGAUAGAGAGGUUCCUACGAAAAUACAAGAAUCAGGGAAACAAUCUGAAGAAUGUUUAAUGAAAAGAACCGAUUCCGAUAUGAAUGCUAGUACCAUGGCGUCGGCUAUGUUAGAUGUUCUUGAGCAUGAAGCAGAACAUUCCGAUUCCACUAACACAAUGAGCGAGUCGUCACCUAGGCCUCGAUCACCGCUGAUUAAAUCACGCCAUUUUGUCAGAGAGCGUUCCACAUCAUACAGAGAGACAAAACUCAAACCGGUUUACUCGCUGACAGAUCGAAGACAUAGUGCCGGAGGCAUGGAAGACAUGUCUUUGUUCCACAGAAUGUAUCUCAAGAGUUAUAUGGUUCCUCCACGUAAAGUAUUAUUAGAUCAGUUAAGUAAUGUAUUAGAUACAGGGGAUGAUAAAGUACCAGAAAGUUUGAUUCUAGUCAAUACAGCAGAAUGGCAGGGACAGUUAUUAGUACAGAAAUUACAAGAAAAACAGAUGAGGCUAAUUUGUACUUGUUCAAAUGCAGAUGUAAAGGCAGCCAUUACUUUCCUGGUCGCUAAGAUACAGAAAUAUUGUAAUAGUAACAGUAAGACACCUGGCCCUAUAAAACUAGGUGUAGCAGGGAGUGAUGGUUAUAUUAAUUCAGUCAUGAGACCAUAUGUUGAACAAUUCUCUACUAAGUCACCUGAUUGGCAGGCAUACACCAGAUUUCUAGUCAUUCCAUUAGGUGUCAGUUCUAUUGGGCGUCAUAUAGCUAACAUAGAUCCAACCUACUCAUCUUUAUUUAUGGAUUGUUUAUGGAAAGAUACAUUUGAACGCACAGAUUCUACGAAAUUAGAUGCUUCUGAGAUAAUAAAUCGUGUGAGUAAAUAUGUAACGGGAGCAACACAUCUACAUCAGAUACCAAUAGCAGAAGCUAUGGUCAUGUGCAAAGGAAAGAGCUCUGAUGAAGCUAAGCAAAUAUUUAUACCAUUUGUUAGUGAGGUAAAGAUCGGUACAACAGAAGUCUUUAACAUGUCAGUAGAUAUGGAAGAGGGUUGGUUGUUGAUAGCGUAG